GAUGAACGGCUACGAGGUGACUACCAUUGAGGAAGUGGGCAGCCCGGACAAGCCGCAUGCGAUCCAAACUGCAAUGGCCAAACACAGCGCGAGUCAGUGUGGCAUGUGCACCCCUGGAAUGGUGAUGGCCCUGUACGGUCACCUCGCCAAGGGAGGCUCAAGGGCGCCGCAGGAGAUUGAGGGCUGUAUCCAGGGGAACCUGUGCCGCUGCACUGGUUAUCGUCCAAUCCACGACGCCAUGAAGGAUGCCGUGCUCCAGCCUGACUGUACUGCAGACUUGGCGGCCACCAAGGAUUACGCGCCAAAGAGCUCGGUGUUGAGCCGGGAUGGCCAGCUGUGGUUCAAUUGCACGGCCAUCGGCGAUGUUUUCGCAGCGCUGACCUAUGCUGCAGCACUGCCACACCGGCUGGUGGUGGGCAAUACAAGCACGGGGGUCACCAAGUACUACCCGUACCACCGGAAUGACCUGCCAAAUGUGUUCAUCAACAUUCAGAACGUCCCCGAACUUCGUGCCAUCGAGUGGAACGACAAAAUGCUGACUCUGGGUGCCGCCUGCACUCUCAGCUCUGUCAUCGAGGAGCUCGAGAAGGCCACUGCUACAGCCCCGCAGCUGGCAGCCAUUGUGCGGCAUUUGAAGCUCGUGGCACAUCCACAAGUUCGCGACAUGGGCAGCUGGGCCGGAAAUGUGAUGAUUGCCAAGACCCAUCCAGAUUUCCCCAGUGAUGUCUGCCUACUUCUGACGACCCUGGGGGCCGAGCUGAAGCUGAUGGAUGCAGAUCAAAAGAUCCAGUCAGUGGACAUCGUGACCUUCCUGACAGAUGCAAAUCUGCCACGCGUGGGCGCGAAGCCGCAGAUCAUCCACAGCGUCACGAUUCCUUUCCCAGGUGCGAAUACUUUCGUCGACACGUUCAAAAUCAUGCGACGGCACAUGAACACGCACGCUGAGCUGAACGCCGGUUUCUUCUUUCAGUUCGCUGCAGACGGCCCGCUGAGCAUCUCCGACGUGAGGAUGGUGUUCGGAAAUGUGGAGCACAAGCCAUUCGUGGCGGAUGCGACAAUGAAGGCGCUUCGUGGUCAGGCGCUGACUUCGGCCCUCAUCGAAAGUGCCGGCAAGGUGCUGAAAGCCGAGAUCGAGGCCAACAUCAAAGACCCAUCCAUUCCGGACCCGCCUUUUGUCGUGGUAGACAAGCAGUACAGGAUCAAUCUUGCCUGCAACCUCUUCGCGAAGGCAGCGCUGCGCGGCCGGCAAGCGCGAGGCGGCGUCCUGACACCGGAGGAGAUCAGCGCGGCUGCAGCCCCACAGCGUCCAGAGAGCAGCGGCGACCAGAAGUUCACUGUGGACCCCUUGACGGAACCGGUCGGACAGCCUGUGGAGAAGUUCCAGUGUGUAGAUCAAGCCUGUGGCACUGCCCAGUACGUGGCAGACGAGCCCAUACGACCUCGCACUCUCUUUGGCGUCCCCGUGCAUGCUGAGAAGGUGGCCGCGAUCAAAUGCAUCGACGUAGUGGAAUGUAUGGAGGUGGUUGGAGUCACUCACUUCAUCUCGGCCGCGGACGUGAAGGAUUUAGGCGCAGAGUUGAUUGAGGGCUUGCUGCACUUACAGGGCGGCUCAGGUCCAUUGGUUGGGUGGUUUCGUGGACGGAUGUUACCCCAAUAA